GUCAGGUCUCGUACAAUUAGACAUCGAACUAAACAGCCUCAGACCAAAAGGCAUCGGACAAAACGGCCUCAGACUAAAAGGCAUCAAACUCAAAAGCAUCAGACGAAACUUACUUAGAAAGAAGCGAAUUGCCUCGCCUCAAUGUGAUGUCACGUGCACGCAGUUUUCUGUUAAAUGUUACGGUCACUAACCUGUAUAAAACAUAUCCCACUUUUUUUAUUACAGAUUAUUUUGUACAUUUGUAUUAUUCACUAGUUUUAUUUGCAUGUAGGCUAUAAAAAGUUAGCAAAAUAAUACAUUGCAACUAGCUUGCAUUGCAAACUAUCGUGAACACAUACGAAAAUUAACCAUGGGUUAAAAGUGUGUUAACUAUGAUUUUUUUUUUUUUUUUUUUUUUUGUCGGAUUGAUAGGCUAUUUGUAUAACAAUAAUUUUACUACAAAUACCUUAAACUAUGGUAUAGCAAAACCAUGGUUAAUUUGUGGUUACCAUGGUUAACUACAAUAACCAUUUUGUUUUAUUUGUAGUAAACCCAUGGUUCAUUUUUAUAAGAGAGGUAAAAAAAAUAUUUCAAACUAUUUGAAUGCGUUGUUUUAAGUAGGCUACAGCUGCUUUGUGUACAGAGGUUACCAAGGAAACGGUUUUAUUUCUGCUGUUCCAGCGCCACCUACUGUCAGAGAGUCGAUUAGGCAAGGCAAUUUUAUUUAUUUAGCACAUUUCACACACAAUUCAAAGUGCUUUACAUAAAAAGGAAACAAAUACAUAAAAAUAAAAAUGGAAUGCAUAAAAAAUAACAAUAAAAACAGAAUACCACUAUCUGGUUGGAAGAGUCACAUUUACAUUUUCAUUCAGCCCGUUGCUGUUUUUCUGCAGACCAAUGUGAAAAUCGGAAUGUUCUUUUCUGUUCUUUUCUUUUCUUAUUCGCCAAGGGAUUACAUAAAUAGCCUACAUGAAUACCAUCAACAGAUAUAUUCUACAUAAUUAACAUGCACACAUACCCCUUACAUUAAUUUGGGAAUAGUAACAGUAAAGAAAAAGACAACUGAAUGACGACAUAUGAUGGGAUAAAAGCCAAUAGAAAGUUAGGCUAUACAAAAAAAAAAAAAAAAAAAAAGAUGCCUUUUAGUCUGAUGCCUUUUAGUCUGAGUCCGUUUCAUCCGAUGCCUUUUCGUCUGAAGCCUUUUGGUCUGAGGCUGUUUCGUCUGAGGCUGUUUAGUUCGAUGCCUAAUUGUACGAGACUUGACACCUGACGUCGUUUUUCCUGAGACCUGAAGCCUUUCAGUUUGAGGCACGAUGCCGUUUUGUCCGAUGAUUGAAGCCGUUUAGUCUGAGGCAUGACGCCUUUUCGUUGUAUGACCGAGGUGUGAGGAAGUCCUAAUAUGAACACCGUACAGCCUCGCUUUUAGUCUCUGCUUGGGGGCCGAGAAGAUUGAAGACAGGGGCAAAAUUAUCCUUCUGCCCUGCAAUGAAUCUAACCCUGGACAAAUCUGGGAAUGUAAAGAUAAGACCUUGUUUGGAUUGAAGGGACAUCCACUACACCUGAACUAUGGAUAUGGGCAAAAUAUGAUGUUGUUUAAAGGAAUAGGUGUUUUUAGUUGCUGGCUGAUUUAUGGAACCAAAGAAAAUUUGUGUUCUCGUGGAUAUCAAGAGAUGCCAAGUAUGGGUGGUAAUUCACAUGGAAAACCAUGCCAUUUCCCUUUUAAGUUUAAUGGAAAGUGGUAUGCUGAUUGCACUGUGGAUGGCAGGAAGGAUGGAUGGCAGUGGUGUUCUACAGAAAAAGAUUUCGACACGGACAGAAAGUGGGGCUUCUGUCCCAAAAAAAAUGCCCCAGUGCCCAGCAUCACAGUGUUCAGGCAGAUGCAGGACAGAGAGCAUGUGAUGGUGAUGUGUUCAUUUGGCAGGAGGUUCAUUGAGAGCUCUUUCCAGCUGUCAGUGGAGGGUGAACACAGCUACAGCUUGAAGAUCCCACUGUGUUAUUCAAAUGAAAAGUGUGUGUUUGAUGUGAAUGUGAGCUCACCUGUUUCCUUCACCUGUGUGCACAAGCUGAAUUCUGUGGUGAACCAGCAGAGUGAGACCUACACCUGCAGCCCAUCUGAUUUUGCUGCAGAUCAUCAUGAGGAAGGAGUAUCUUUAUUCUACAUCUGCUUUUCCUCCUUCAUUGCUGUUGGUCUCGUCAUCAUGACUGCAGCAGUGAUCGUGACCACCAUCAGGAGCAAAGCUAAAGACUCCAUCAACUCCACCACAAUUGUUACCAACGAUGAGUAUUAUUUGCACGAUAUGAACAAAUAAUCAGAAGACUUUCUGAAGAGGGAAGAGCAGACCUGAAGAGGAAAAGCAAACUUUUACUAAAACAUAUGUGAACUAUUCAAUUAACCAUUCAAAUAUAGUCAUCUUGCCAUGCAGUUUUGGGAUGUUUUAACCUUCUGACUUCAGUCUGUAAUUCACACAGCAUGAUGUGUGAGGGCUCACACACUUCUGAAACAAUGUUUUAAAAAGUGUUUUUUCUUCUACCGAACACAAAAGAAGAUUUUUUUAAGAAUAUGGGCAACCAACCAAAUUAUUUUAAUGGGGAAAAAAUACUAUGGAAGUCAAUGAAGCCCAUCAACUGUUUGGUUAUCAACAUAUUCAAAAUAUCUUCUUUUGUGUUCAGCAAAAGAAAGAAAUUCAUACAGGUUUGGGACAACUUGAGGGUGAGUAAAUGAUGACAGAAUUUUCCUUUUUGGGUGAACUAUCCCUUUAAAGUUUACAGCCCUAAUUAUAUUACAUGAUUACUUUUUUUAAAAAAAAUUAAACAAUGUGAAUAAUUGGUUGAGAUUUUCAUAUUUUACAUGAUGCAAUUUUAGAACUGUGUAUCGCACCAACUUUAUUCAUUUGUGUGUUUAGAUAAAAAUAAAAUUAAUUCAUAAAAAAAUAAA